UUAAAGUGCGAAUACUGUAUUUUUUACACCUUUUUCUCGUUGAAAUGUCUAAUGAUCAAUAUGUGGAUCCGACCCAACGCAUGGCUGAAAGCACCAUGCGUAUAAAAGACCUUUAUCAAGUGGAAAGAAAACUUGUGCUAUUAAUCGAGACAGCUGGUGAUGCCUUGGCUAUUUUACCAGAAGAAGAAGUAAAGGAUGAAAAUCCAGAUCAGUUUGUUCGUGAAAGAGCCUUGGCUUUUCGUCAAUUGGCCUCUCGUUAUUUUUCUCUUGUUAAUGAUAUACAACUAGCCCUGAGAAGUCACGUGAAUUAUCUAACAAAGACAGCAAGCUUCACACCUGUUGCCAAUAAAACAAUACCGUUUAAGACUUCGAUUGUUAACCAACAAAAACAAUUGGAAAUAUGGGCAGAAGCGAUAAAGGCAAUUCAGCAACAAAUACAAGAAAUUAAACAAAUUGGACAAGAGCAAUAGACCCUUUUAUUCUUUCAAGAACCGUAUAUCCUUCAAUUCUUCAGGUAGAUAAGUUUGAUCUACUGGCUCAUCAUAAUCAGGGUUAUACUUGUAUCCCUUCCCAUAGUUCAAAUCCUAGUGAUCAAAUCUAUUAGCAUCACGUGUAUAUAAUUAUACAAUAAAUCUUACCUUCAUCAGUUUAGUAGGUGCGUUACGAA